UCGGUACGGACGGCCAUGUAGCUCCAGUACUUGCACUGCCUGCCCCGCAACACCAGUUUGCCUGUAAAUGGAUGGCACAAGACCGCUACAUCAGCUGGGUAGCCUGCAAAAGACGGCUCAUAGAACAUACUAGAGAAGAAAGAGCACCAUAUGUUAUGUGGACACGGCCCAGAGGUCAACACAACAUUGUCCAGUCCGAUCUCUCCACCAACUCCUCGCCCACGCUGAGCUUCAAAGAUGACCUGUAGGACAGAAGGCAACUGUAUCAUUUGCAGGUUUAUGUUUUUCCAAAAGUUAUUCUAAAAUCAGCAAACGACUCACUGCUUGUGGAGCUUCUUCUCUCCAGGCCACGGUGAGAAGCUCGGUCUGCCAGCCCUGAUGACUGCUGUGACUCUGUUCCCACACCGGAAAACCUGAUGCGGCCCGGCUUCACCCAGAACCUAGCUCCGGUGGCCCCCAGCCGUAGCAACACUCCAGCCUCCUGCCGUAGCGACACACACCUGGUUGGAUUCCAGCAAGGACUUGUCUGUGUUGCCUGUGUCGAGGGGCAAUGGAGUUCAAGGUUGACCAGCUUGCAGCCCUCCAGUGACAAAAACGCAUCAGCAGUGACGCUAUGUGGACAAAUGUAAUCAUCACAGCCUUUUCAUGGAACUCCACCAUCAAUUAAGGACAACUGAACGCGAGAUGAAGCCCGUAUCUUCUCUACCGGCUUGUUGAAGACAAACAUGUCCGCUCAGGGACUUCUGAGCAGCGUUUUCUCCUGCUCACUCAGCCCCAAGACCAUCUCAAAGCGUGGACUGAGGCAGACCAGGAGCCUGGACCCGGUACUGAUGAGGCACUACGGAGUGGAGAACACAUCCUAUCAGGGAGGCUUCACAUGGAACAGUGUGUCGGGACGCUCCGUGGGUCUGAAGCCCGUUCCUCUGCAAAGCCUUUCUGAGUUGGAGAGGGUUCGUCUCCAGGAUGUCGCCUUCAGGAGACUUCUUCGGGAUCGUAACUUAGGCUGCCAUAUUACCAUCCCUAAAUAUGGUCACAAACAUAAGAAGUCCCUCAGACGGAAGCUGGAUUCACUUUCCAAGGAGAAGAGUAAAGACAAAGAGGCGCCACACCAGGUUUUCAGCAUCCCGCUGGCGCAGGUCAUCUCCAACGACCGCAUUCACAAGCAGCGACACGAUGCGCCGCCGGAGCAGCACUCUGACCCCACUGAACUGGUGCUGUCCUUCCUCCACUUCACCUCCACCUUCAAGAGGGCCAACAAGGAGUUGUCCAGCAGCAACUCGUCCCUCAGUUCCAAUUCAGAGAGUCCGAACAAAUCUUUUGUCCCAGCGUGUGAUGCAGCCCCACGGACACGCCGCAGGGGGGGUGUGUCUGUGGAUUGCAUCACUGACUUAGACGAUAACCAGUCUCAACUCUUGGAGGCCCUCCAGCUGUCUCUGCCAGUCGACAACGCAGUGUCCAGCAGGAAGAAGAGACACGACAAAAAGCUGAGUCUCAACCCCAUGUACCCUCAAGUGCCCAGGAUAGUGGAGCUCUGCUGCCAGCACCUGGAAAGUCACGGUUUACAGACUGUUGGAAUAUUCCGUGUGGGAAGUUCCAAGAAGAGGCUGAGGCAGCUGCGCGAAGAGCUGGAUCAGGGAUGGGAGCUUCAUUUGGAUGAGCAGCACAGUGUUCAUGAUGUGGCGGCUCUGCUGAAAGAAUUUCUCCGAGACAUGCCCGACCCGCUUUUGACAAGAGAGCUCUACACCGCCUUUAUCAACACAACGUUGUUGGACCAGGUGGAGCAAGAGAAGGCCAUCCAGCUCUUGGUGUUCCUGCUUCCUCCGUGCAACUGUGACACUCUGCAGCGCCUUCUGUGUUUGCUGUCGUCUGUGGCCGCACAUGCUGAUGACAUGCUGGAUGAGUCGGGGGAUAAGAAACCAGGAAACAAGAUGACCCCGUUGAAUUUAGCCACCAUCCUGGGACCCAACCUCUUGCACAAGCAAAAAAACCCCGACAAGGAGUUUGCGGUCCAGAGUUUAGCUCGUGCCGAGGAGAGCAGCGCCAUUAUCAGCGUGGUCCAAACGAUGAUCAAUGCAUGUGAAUCUCUGUUUUCCGUUCCUGCCGAGCUCCAGAAUGAGGUUCUGCUGAGUCUUUUGGAAACCGAUCCUGAUGUUGUGGACUACUUACUGCGGCGUAAGGAUACUCGCUACUGCAUUCCGGGUCCGGUUGGACCACGUGAGUCUUCCCUAAUGGAGAGGUGCUCCUCAAAUGAGUCCAUGUCCAGCGGGGAGGCGUCUCCUUAUGAAAACAACUCCCCUGUCCUGUCCGAGCGGCCGCGGCCGGAGGAUGACGGGAUGCUCUCGAAUGGCAGCAUCACAUCAACUUAUGAGCUCACUAGCGAUUCCGCAUCCAGAAGCACAGCACCCAAUUUCACAAUAGAGGAGGCCUCGGAAGACGACCAGUUCUGGGACACCUGGCAUCAACUUUUUUUCAGCGAGAACGUUUUUGACCUCAAUGGUGGCCUUGGAGACACGUCUGAAUGGAAGUUAUUUGGAUCAUCGGAGGGGCUGAACAGUCGCCAAGGUAACAACAAGCUGCCCAUCAGGAUGACAACACAAAUCUCAUUGGAUGCAUUAGAGCGCAGGCCACACCCCUCGGUGCCUCGCAGCAGAAGCGGCGGCGACAGCCCCGGCGACCAGAUGGAACCGAGGCAACCAGAACCCUCAUUACAUCAGGUACACAUCAACCAAUCAGGAGCCGUGAGCUCAGACAACUUGGCGGACAGGACGGGACACCCUGUUGAUAUGUCCCUAAAAGACGAAGAGGAUUGUUUGUUUGGACCUGUCAGGAAGAUACACGCUUCUCAUUCCGCACCGUCCUUCAUCACGCAUCACACCGAAGCGCAAACGCCCAAAAGAACCCCUAAAAAUGGACCGGAACAAGCAAAGAGUCAAACAGACAGGCGUCACAUAUGGCGGAUUCUGGCAAACAACAAUGGAGACGCACUUCCUGAAACACUUGUCUGACACGACUUCCAUCACACACUUUUUGACGACUUCAAGUACACACUUUUUGACGAGACGCCGCCAAGCUCUCAGUGUUUCCUAUUGUACUUUAUACUAUGUAUAUAUAGUACUACACAGCGGUUAUUGGCAUGCGUUGCAUUGUCUUUCCUUUUCUGACACUAACCCCGAUGUCAGAAAUGGAAGAAUAAUGCACCUCAUCCGUAUUAAAAACAUGUGGAAAUACAUUUCAUUUAUGAGGUUUAUGAACAAUACAAAAAUGCAUUAAGAGAUUUUUUAUUUUUUUGGAAAAUUAGUCUGAAUUAUAUUGACAUUUUUUUACUGAAACUAUUCAGUUCUAUUAAAUGUCCAAAUACUCCA